AUGAGGUGCGGGACCCUCGGGAAAACGGAGUGGCGGAAGUUUGACGACCUGCUGAAGCCCAUGAUCAAACGGACGCUAUACCUGCCACAACCUGCAACCACACUGUACCUCUACGGGUCAAGAAAAGGCGGAGGUUGCGGAAUCCCCAUCGCGGCAGAAAUGAGCGACCUCUGCCGCGUGGACAACGCGUUCAAGUUAUUAACAUCCAGGGACCCGGAAGUCGCCAGGCUUGCAAUAACCGAGCUACAGCACACAGUCAGCAAGCGACUCCGAAGGGAUGUCAACACGGAAGACAUCGAGGCCUUCCUCAACUGCAACACGGAAGGGGACUUCCGGGGCGCGUCAAACCCUCUCAGAAGCACCUGGACUGAGGCACGCAAAGCUUCCGGACGCCUCAACAUCACCUGGGAGCUCAGCAACGACGCAGGACCAGCCAUCACCCGUGCGGGAUCAACAAUCACCCACAACGCACGCACGAAGCUGAUGGCGAAACUCCGGGCGGGCCUGUGCAAGGAGAGAGACGCCGAGCUACAGCAACUUCCCAACCAGGGGAAAGUGAUAGAAGCGGUAGCAGCGGACCCAGCCAGCAGCCACUUCAUGACGACUGGGGACUACAUGACGUUCGCAGCAUGGCGGUUCAUCCACAAAGCAAGACUGAACCAACUACCUCUGAACGGCGCCCAGCCUUGGAACACGAACGCCGACAAAAGAUGUCGUCGAUGUGGCUACGCAUCUGAAUCACUCCCACAUGUACUAUGCCACUGCAUGGAGAAGAGCGCGGCCUACACGGAAAGGCACAACAAGAUCGUGGAGAGGGUGAAGUCAGCGGCACAGAUGCGGUACUCCAUCAUUAGCGAAAACAGGCCAGUAGGCGACACCAACCUCCGACCAGAUCUGGUGCUGUCCAGGGGAGAAGAGGCUAUCAUAGUUGACGUGACGAUACCUUUCGAUAACCGCCUGGAAGCCUUCAAAGCAGCCAGGGAAGAGAAGGAGCGAAAGUACGAAGCAGUACGACAGCAUCUGCUCCGGAUGUUCAACCGCGUCCGCACGGAGGCCAUCAUCGUCGGUGCACUGGGAAGCUGGGACCCACAAAACGACCGCCUUCUCAAGCGAAUAUGCACCAAGGCGUAUCUAAAAACGAUGAAGAAACUAUCGGUGAGCGACAUAAUACGCGCAUCAAGGGACAUAUACGUGUCGCAUGUAACUAGGAGCACAUAA